AUGAUUUCAUUAAAGACCAUACUGCCCAGAAGCAUUCAAUACCUAAAGCCCAUUCAAACCCAAUUGCAACGUACUUUAGCUACAGCAGAUCCUUUUAAUGAUGGAAAGGGAUCAGGAAAGGUUGAAGCAAAACCAAAAACUAAAAGACGUACCAAAACCGUCUUCUCUGAUUCAUUAAAUAAAGGACCAUCUUUCGAUGACUUUAUCAGUGGGAAGGCACAAGAUAUGGUUAUCGAUCCAUUAGAAGCUGCCAGAGAAGGAGAACAAAGAUUACCUAAAUGGUUAAAAGUGCCAAUUCCCAAAGGUAAAUCAUUUCAUAGUUUGAAAAAAGAUGUUCGAGAAUUAAAAUUAGCCACUGUUUGUGAAGAAGCCAAAUGCCCUAAUAUUGGUGAAUGUUGGGGUGGUGAAAAAUCGGAAGCCACUGCCACUAUUAUGUUGAUGGGUGAUACCUGUACCAGAGGUUGUCGUUUCUGUAGUGUUAAAACAAAUAGAAAACCUGCAGCUCUUGAUCCAAAUGAACCGGAAAAUACUGCUGAAGCUAUUAGCAGAUGGGGGUUAGGUUAUGUUGUUUUGACCACUGUUGAUAGAGAUGAUUUGGUUGACGGUGGUGCUAAUCACUUGGCUGAAACUGUCAGAAAGAUUAAAGAAAAGGCCCCUCAAAUUUUAGUUGAAGUUUUGGGAGGUGAUUUCAGAGGUGAUUUAGAAAUGGCUGAAAUCUUAGCUAAAUCAGGUUUAGAUGUUUAUGCUCACAAUAUGGAAACUGUCGAAGCUUUGACUCCUCACGUUAGAGAUCGUCGUGCUACUUAUAGACAAUCUCUUUCGAUUUUGGAACGUGCCAAACAAGUUAGACCCUCUUUGGUUACUAAAACUUCAAUGAUGUUGGGAUUGGGUGAAACAGAUGAACAAAUCAUGCAAACUUUAACAGACUUAAGAUCCAUUGGCUGUGACGUGGUUACUUUUGGUCAAUAUAUGAGACCAACCAAAAGACAUAUGAAGGUUGUUGACUAUGUUAAACCGGAAAAAUUCGAUUACUGGAGAGAUACCGCAUUAUCCAUGGGAUUCUUAUACGUUGCUAGUGGUCCCUUGGUCAGAUCUUCAUACAAGGCUGGUGAGGCCUUCAUUGAAAACGUUAUUAGAAAAAGAAAGCAUAACGUUGGGGAAACCCCAAGAUUGAAAUCUGAUAUCGAUCCUAAACUAUUAUCAAAAUCGCAACCCGAAGUUUAA